AUGAAAGGAUUUGCAAAGAUUCUGUCAAAUAGUGGAAUAGUGGUCACUGAUGAAGAGUUACUGAAUUACAUACUGGAUGGUCUGAAUACUGAAUACGAUGCUGUUGUGGUGAACAUUACUACUAGAUUAGAAUCUAGAAUAGAUCCCCUCACUGUCCAAGAGGCACAAAUUAUCCUGCAAAAGUAUGAACUUAGGUUAGAAAAAGCAAAUUUUGCUAUGAAUCCAAUAGUUAGCACUGAGUUUCAUGGAGGCUCAGCUCAUCUUGCUACAACUGAAAGAAAGUAUCACAAUGAAUCUCAGUCACAAAUCAGUAAUGUACAGCCUAACCUUGGACAAACUCAAUAUCAAGGUCCUAAUUUCGUACCUCACAAUCACGUCUCUCAACAGCCUAUCCCUGAUCCUAAUCACUUUGUAGCUUCAAAUAAUCAAUAUUAUGUCUCUCAAUUUAGUGGUGGUAGAGGAAGAGGCAUAGGAGCUGGAAGGAAUAGAUUGAUAUGCCAAGUCUGUGGCAAGACUGGACAUCUUGCACUAAAUUGCUAUCACAGGUUUGACACCAAUUUUACUGGAGAAAACAAUGUCUUAGGCAGAGGGAGUUUUGUUCAGAAUUAUCCCAGGCCACCCUUUCAGCAGUCACAAUUCUAUGGUUACUACUCACCUCAGGUUCCUCAUAAUUCCAGUUUUAGUCCCAAUAUGAGACCACCUCAAGUGUACCCUGGUUCUCAAUCGUCUGCCUCCAGUUUUUACAAUCAAGCAUUCUUAUCACAAACACAGUUCCAAAAUGGUUCUAAUCCUUUAGCUCAUUAUACUACUUCACCAUCAACUAUUCAGGAUGCAUCCUGGUACAUGGACAGUGGAGCCAUAGAUCAUGUCACUUCAGAUCUGUCCCAGCUAACAGUGAACUCCAGCUACAAUGGCAAUGAGCAGCUUUAG